GGGAAAGAGCGGCUAAGGAAACAAGCGAACGACGGAAAGAGCGGGAUAGAGAAGGAGCAAACUAAGAAAGGAGCAACAAACGGAAGGAACAACCAACGGAAAGAGCAGGCCAGGGAAGGAGCAGCCCAAGAGCAAGAGGGGCGGCUGAGACGGCGAGGGAAGGAGCGACCGCCGUGGGACCAACUGUCGUGCAAGAGGCUCAAGGGCUGCAUUUAUUUCAACCCCAAACCAUGCCGAACCUCUAUAUAGCCAUGUACGAGGCCGGAACCGGGAACUACGAGCACUGGGCUCUUUGUCUCGGCGAUGGAGACGGCAACGUACCGACCAUCUUCGAAGUUAGCGGGGAACACGGGACCUUUGCAAAAAGCGCUGUUCAGGAUGAGCCCGAGAGCAGACUCGUGCACAAGCGAAAUAUCGGUGUGGGAGAAGUGAACGAGCGUGAUAUCCCAGAGUUUCUGAAAGUGAUAGAUGAUGCAAAGGUCGAUAAUGAGACUCGGAGUGGAAUUGUCAGGAUUACGUGAUUGAGAUACUUGAAACGCUUUAUGACGAGUGCAUUAUUGACGAGGACGACGAGGAGUACAAGAGGGGUAUGAAGAAGGCGAAGGAGAAGUAUUUUGGACCGUUAUAAGAUGCUAUUUUUACAUUGUGUGAAAUCUGGCUCAUACCCAUCACCUCCUCACAUCCCCCUUCCCCACCACCGCCAACUGAUACGUCGCCAGCUGCCCCUCAGUCAUCACACUCGGACUCCCCACCAUAACAUCCUCCCCCCUAUUAUUCUUCGGAAACGCAAUCACAUCCCUAAUACUCUCCGUCCCCGUCAUAACCGCUACCAUCCGAUCCAGCCCCAGCGCCAUACCCGCAUGCGGGGGACACCCAGCCUUCAGCGCCUCAAACAGGUGCUUGAAGUCCGCUAGGCGAGCCUCUGGCAUCCGCAGCGCCUCGCGCAUGAUCCACUCCUGCAUCUGCGCGUUGUGGAUACGGCGCGAGCCACCGCCGAGCUCGACGCCGUUGA